AUGUCGAAGAAUGCGAUGACAGACACGACAGCUCUCUAUGAGUUGCUGAAGAAGGAGUGGCACCAGAAGCGACCAAAUAUGGAUAAAUGCGGACAACUAUUGACUCAAUUGAAGGUGUCUUUGACGGGCCUAUCGUUUCUUCCAACCCAUGAGACGGUGGCCAACAAAGAGCUCAUUAUCUCGAGGGAUGUGCUGGAGAUCGGAGCCCUGUAUAGCGUCGCCCAACACGACAUCCCAUCGUUUGACCGAUAUUUGGCUCAAUUGAAGACCUAUUACUUCGACUAUAACUCACAUCUGCCGGAAUCGGCCUUUAAAUACCAAUUGCUUGGACUCAACCUCUUGUGUCUAUUGUCUCAGAACAGAGUCGCAGACUUCCAUACGGAGUUGGAAUUACUUCCGGCAAAAGAGAUCCAAAACAACGUCUAUAUCCGACAUCCGGUGUCUUUGGAGCAGUACUUAAUGGAAGGCUCUUAUAAUAAAGUGUUUCUCUCCAAAGGCAACCCGCAACUCCUCCCUUUCGCUGAGGAUAAGAAGCUGUUGCGGAAUGUUAAUGUUCUCAAACGCCGCAAACGCAACUGGAAUAUCAACGGCUCUGUCCUCCACUUCCCGGCCGUCAAGACUGUCAGCCAAACGGCCAACAAAAUACCGGCCGAACAGUUGGCCCAACAGAUCAUUGAUUACGCAAAGGAGUUGGAAAUGAUUGUCUGA